AGACGGGCGCUCGUCUCGUUGGCGGUCCAGCCUGUUGGAUCGCCGUCCACACCCUUUUUAAAUCCAUCCGUUUCGCCCCCAACAGGAAGGACAGGUUCGAUAUCGGAUCCCGUCCGACCUCGGAGGCCACCUGUUCGGAAAACCGGCGCCGGGGAGGCGAGAGAGCGCGGGGCCUGAUGGAAGGGAGCAGGCGGAGCACCCGGGUUGUGGUGAUCGGAGGUGGUCCCGCCGGCUCCCUCAUCGCCCGCACUCUCCAGUUCGUCGCCGACGUCGUCCUCAUUGAUCCGAAGGAGUAUUUCGAAGUUCCCUGGGCAGCACUGAGGUGUGCAGUGGAGCCCAAGUUUGCCGAGAGAUCACUGAUCAACCACAAGGAGUACUUGACCAAUGCAAGGCUCGUUACCUCAACCGCUGUCGAUUUAACGGAGAGGGAGAUCAUAACUGCAAAUGGACGGUGGAUAAGCUACGAUUAUCUCGUCAUUGCCACCGGACACCCGACCUCUGUUCCGUUAACUCGAACUGAACGGCUGAAACAGUUCAAGGAGGCCCAUGAACAAAUGAAAUCAGCCAACUCUGUUCUGAUUAUUGGAGGAGGGCCAACCGGGGUGGAACUCGCCGGCGAGAUUGCCAGUGACUUCCCUGCGAAGCAGGUGACCCUUGUUCAUAAAGGGUUGAGACUGGUGGAGUUCAUCGGCUCAAAGGCUUCCGCGAAAACCUUCUCGUGGUUAACUUCUAAGAACGUGAAGGUUCUGUUGAACCAAGAGAUAACUGUGGAUCAACUGAACAGCAAGCAGACUGAAUUUGUGACAACUGAAGGUACCAAAGUUCAGGCGGAUUGUUGGUUCAACUGCACUGGGAAGGAACUCGGAUCCUCGUGGUUAAGGGAGGGCAUUUUGAAAGACCGCGUGAACAAACAAGGACAGGUGAUGGUCGAUGAACAUUUGCGAGUUCUAGGAACCAAAACCAUUUUCGCCAUUGGAGACAUCAACGACACUGCAGAAUCAAAGCAAGGGUAUAUCGCUCAAAAACACGCAAUUCUGACGGCAAAGAACAUUAAGUUGUUGAUCAAGGGAGGAAAAGAGAGUCAUCUGUCAAGCUACAAGCCUGCCUCGACCAUGGCCAUUGUCAGUUUAGGGAGGAAAGAAGCAGUUGCCCAGUUGCCUUUCUUUACGGCCAUUGGACACAUACCAGGAAUGCUCAAAUCGAAGGACCUAUUUAUUGGGAAAACGAGAAGAGAAUUAGGGUUAGAUCCUGAUGGUAUAUGACCACUUGAUGCUUUCUUCCUUUCUUGCCAAUCGGCAAACGGGAGAAAUGUGGAGGAAUUGUGGUGCAUGCAUGUACUGUGUUUAUUAAUAUGCACACGCGUGAAAGACAUCUACCCUACUUCUUGACAAUUCCAAUGUUCUACUGUUGCCCAUUACACGCGCUUCUCCACAUUCAAGUUGCUACACAGUCGACACUGAUGGGGGAGCCAAAUUUCUAUAUAUACACUGAAGAAUUCAUAGCUAUGUGGUAUUCAUUAUGUAUUUGUAUGAAGUAGGGAUAAGGUCGAUGUGAUGGUGACAACAUGGCAUUCUUCAACUUAAAGGUUGUCACAGUAUUACCAUCAUAUGCCGGUCCAUAUCCCGACUGACACUCGUGAAUGAUGAAACUUUCUGGAAAGUUUCUGCAAUGAAUGUUUUAUGUUGUGGA